CGCCUUCAGCUUUUGUAUCCUACUCUGCGCGUCUCUGUGUACUGUGCUCAAAGGCAACUGUCAAGUGAAUAUCGCUGAAGCAAAUUGAAGCUUUCCAAAUAUCUAGUAAUAUCUUCCUAAUCACUCCGAUAAAAUGACGAUCGGCAAAAACAAUAAGAUGCAACAGCAUAUUAAUUAUAGAGUAAGGGUUAUAUUACAAGACUCUCGUACAUUUAUUGGAACUUUUAAAGCUUUUGAUAAACACAUGAAUUUAAUAUUAGGUGAUUGCGAAGAAUUCAGAAAAAUUAAAUCUAAAAAUAGUAAAACUGCAGACAGAGAAGAAAAAAGAACUUUGGGUUUUGUUCUUUUACGUGGAGAAAAUAUAGUUUCAUUAACAAUCGAAGGACCACCUCCACCAGAAGAAGGAUUGCCUCGUGUUCCCUUACCGGGAGCUAUGGGCGGGCCUGGAAGUGCUCGUGCUGCUGGUAGAGGCACUGGCCCGGGCGGAGUACCUCCGGGUCUUCAAGGUCCUGCCAGAGGAGUAGGCGGGCCAUCUCAACAACACAUGGCACCAGGAAAUCGUGGUCAACUUUCUGCUCCUCCUCAAAUGCGAGGAGGCCCCAUGAUGGGUGGCCCUCCUCCAGGAAUGAUGGGAGCUCCUCCUGGCAUGGGUCGUGGUGGGCCAGGACGGGGUCCUCCAGGAAUGCGACGCUAUUAGUUUAAGUGCAGUGCAGUGAUUUGUGAUUUAUAUUAUUAAAAACAGUGCUGUAUCAAAAGUUGAGAAUAUCCUCUGAUUUUGUGUAUGAAACAUGAAAUUUGUACUAUGGUGGACAUGCUGUCUUGUAAAGUGAGUCCAGGUCAAAAUAAACAAACUACUGAUUUAAA